AUGGGGAAAGUGAUCCGUAUCAACAAAGUCAGCCAUCAGCCCGUGCGGGUCGGGCUGGCAGAACCGGUGUCCCUACCGUGCCUGUUUCUCUUGCAAGCGUCCGUCCCCCCGGGCCCCAGUGAACUGUCUGACCCACCGCGCAUCAAGUGGAGCAAAGUACAAUCUGCCAGUGGGCAGCCGCAAGACGUAUCUGUCUUGGUAGCCAAGGAUAAUGUGGUGAAGAUCUCCAAGAACUACGAGGGUAGAAUCUCACUGCCAGGAUACCCCCACCAUCGAGAAAAUGCCACGCUCUUGUUUCUGGCUGCCCGGGCCAGCGAUGCAGGACUUUAUCGUUGUGAAAUUGUCACCGGGAUUCAUGAUGAGCAAGACUUGGUCCCUCUGGAAGUCACAGGUGUGGUUUUUCACUACCGAGCGGCUAGCAACCGCUACGCUUUGACUUUCUCAAAGGCGCAGAAGGCCUGUGAAGAGAACUCAGCCACCAUCGCCUCUCCUGCUCAUCUUGAAGUGGCCUUUGAGGACGGCUAUGACAACUGUGAUGCCGGAUGGCUCUCCGACCGCACUGUUAGGUACCCCAUCACCCUGUCAAGACCUGGUUGCUAUGGAGAUCGCAACAGCCUCCCAGGGGUCCGCAGCUACGGUGAGAGAGAUGCCAGCGAGAUGUAUGAUGUCUACUGCUACUCCAGAGAGCUCCAAGGAAAGGUGUUUUAUGCCACCAGCCCGGGUCGGCUGACGUUUCAAAUGGCCCAGAAGUAUUGCCUGAGUCGGGGGGCUCAGCUAGCAACCACUGGGCAGUUACACCUCGCCUGGCAGGAGGGGCUGGACCAGUGUGACCCGGGGUGGCUUGCCGAUGGAAGCGUCCGCUACCCAAUCCGAACUCCCCGGAAGAAAUGUGGAGGAGAUGAACCCGGUGUGAGGACGGCCUACCAGUUCCCGAACCGGACUGGCUUCCCAGAUCCAGCAUCCCAGUUUGAUGCUUACUGUUACAAAGGGCAACAGUUGCCCAAGAUACCAGACAGGGCAUCACUUGGAGAAGGACCUGUUCAUCAGCCCAUGGAUCAGUAUUCUGAAGGAAGCCACGAAUCAGGAAUUGAGAACAUCGUGGUGGAACACAACCCUGAUCUGUCAUUUCUGAGCCAGAAUGAGCUAUUCCCCAGGGAAAAUGAGGACGCUAUCAUGUCAGGAGAUUCCAAAGAAUUGCCUAAGGAUCUGUAUGGCCCCUUACACAAAGUUGCAGUGCCGUUACUGGAAGAGGAUGAGCAGCUCCAGAUGGUAACAACUUUUCCGGUUGAAAUGGAAAGUGCGGAAGAGAGGUCCAUGGUACCCAAUAUCCCUGUUCUAAAUGGGGAAGUUAGAGGGGCUUCCCCGGAACCAUUGGUAGAUGGUCUCCAUAAUACAUCAAAUGACAAACUCUUCACCGUAGUUGAUGAUGUUGAUAGGAUGAACGUCACUGAAGAGUCACUGAGCGCAGUCUCAGUGUUGGGCAAGAUGUCUUUGGGGGGAGACCCUGAAGAUGACAUCCCACCAGAAGUGAUCCCUCAUCCAAUCACCCCAACCUGGCUGCAGGAAAAUACGGAGAGGCUAAUCCCACAGGAUACUGCUUCUCCUGGCCCCUCUCAGCCAUCCCAAGCUCACAUCCUAAAGGGGGCUCCCACCAUUCCCUUUACAAUUCCUUCCCCCACUUCUCCGAAAGAUCACCCCACGGCUGCUGGGGCAACACCAGCUUUGGCUGGCAUCCCUGAAUCGAAUGGGAAGAGCAUCAACACUGGACUGAAUGGGCGUUAUUUCCAGGAACAGGGGAAAGACGACCUGGGCAUUGAUGGGAACCCAGAAGGAAGCACCCUGUUACCCACUACAUUGCCAGUCUUGGCCUUGGCAGGGCAUGACAUGGUAGACAAUGCCAUCGAGACUUCGGCUGGCAUGAACCCAAGCCCUGCCUCCACACUUGGCGGAGAGAUAAGCUACUCGCUGUCCAAUGAAGUUGACGGAAACCGGUUACUCUUACUCGAGAAUCAAGGCCAGAAGGAAAUCACCUUUUCUCCUGCACCAGCAUCCCAUUCUUUGGAAGACACAAGUGCUGAAAGAACCAACCAAGGAUUUUGGACCAUCUCUGGGCCCAGAAGCCAGGAGAAGCCAGUCCACAACGAGCAUGUUCCCAUAUCAUUGCCGCUCCCAGAUAAUGUACCCCUUGAGCUGCAGAAGGUUGCUGUGACUACAGGAUAUGAUCCUGAAGGUGCUUCCGUGGGGACCAGCAUCCGAGGUGACUAUCCUCAAGGGAUAACCCAAGCUGGAGACCAUGAAGAUGAUUUUUCUGGUAAUGGAAAAGUUGUUACUCCACCAGAACCCCUUCUGUCCUCUGAGCACCAGAGGAGCAAGCCACAUAUAGAUGAGGCAAGUGGGGAGUAUGAUUACAGCUCCCGAGAAAGUCAGAUCAAGACAAUGAGCUUUGUAGAAGAGCUUCCAGGACCUGUUUUUGAGGGCCACCAAAACUUGCCAGGGGAUGCUGAAGGAGAAACCCAGCCAGAAGCUUUACAUUUUGUUAAGCAACAGAGGACAACAAGCCUCCUCCAAGGGGCAGGAAAGGACACCAUCUUGAAACAGAGCAGCCAACGUUCAGAAGAAGUGGCCGAGCUGAGGGGACAAGAAGCUGUUACUCUCUCACCAAAAGACAUCUCCCCAACUCCAGGAGAUAUGUAUUUCCAGGCAGCUCGAUUCCUCCCUGGGAAACCUGAGGCGUGGUUGGUGGCUGACGGUGGCCGAGGUAGCAUGGAGACCACCGGAGAAAACAAAGCAAUCCUGGGGCCUCCAGAUAGUUCCACUUUUACUAAAAUCUUAGAUCUUUCCGAGGCACAAGGCAGCUGGGAAGUGGUUACUCAAAGCAUGGAUAGCCACCUUGAAUCUGCCAUGAUAGAGCAAAGUCACUAUGAAAGCUCAAUGGAAGGCAAUCAUGGUUACCAUUGGCCAGAUGGUGCCACUGCAGGGCCUCCUGCUCACAGCCCCACCAGCCUCUUUUCUUCUUCUCAGCCCUUUCCAGAUGAGGCCAUGGAACAAGCAGAGACCACAGCCCUGAAUUUGCCUGAGACGAGGACUCCCUUCAUUCUCCACAACACCUCAGAGUUUAUGCUCCUUCAACAGCCAGCCGCCUUUGAGGACCUGCUUUCAGUUCCAAGUUCACAACCUUCUAUCUAUCCCAUUGAGAGAGGGGUGGAAGACAACGUAGAUCAGGAAGGGUACAUCCCCUCUGCCCCUGGAGAGUUUUUCCCAAUGGAGGCUGACAGUGGGAGUGGAGAGGAGAAAGAAGAUGCACCAGCACUCAAAGGAAUCACCCAUCUGGUGUGGGCCCAAGAGGGGAAUGACAGCUUGCUUGCCGAAACUGACCCUUGUGAUAACGACCCGUGUUUGCAUGGGGGCACCUGCCAGUCGAGUGGAAACCUUUCCAGCUGCAUCUGUCCUGCAGGAUUCACAGGCGAGAACUGUGAAAUAGAUAUCGAUGACUGCUUAUCCAACCCUUGCCAGAACGGCGGGACCUGCAUCGACGACAUCAACGCCUUUGUCUGCCUGUGUCUGCCCAGCUACGGAGGGAGCUUAUGCAACCGAGACACAGAAGGCUGCGAUCAUACCUGGCGUAAGUUCCAAGGUCACUGUUAUCGCUACUUCGCCCAUCGGCGCUCUUGGGAAGACGCAGAGAGGGACUGUCGACGGAGGUCAGGACACCUGACCAGCAUUCAUUCCUGGGAAGAACAUAAUUUCAUUAGCAGCCUCGGCCACGAGAACACAUGGAUCGGCCUCAAUGAUCGUAUCGUGGAGCAGGAUUUCCAGUGGACAGAUAACACUGGAUUGCAAUACGAGAACUGGCGCGAAAACCAGCCAGACAAUUUCUUUGCGGGCGGCGAAGAUUGCGUGGUCUUGGUGUCCCACGAGACCGGCAAAUGGAACGACGUUCCGUGCAACUACAAACUUCCAUAUGUCUGCAAAAAAGAUACAGUGCUGUGUGGACCGCCCCCUCUGGUGGAAAACGCUUCCCCCAUCGGAAAGAAGAAGGAGAAGUACAGCGUCCACUCGACCAUCCGAUACCAGUGUGCGGAAGGGUUCCUCCAAAGACAUUUGCCCACCAUCAGAUGUCACGUCAAUGGCCUGUGGGAGAACCCCAAGGUCCUCUGCACAAAACACGGUCUCACAGAACUCGGCGGCACCACCGUCACCAUCGCCAGCACCGUCAGCAUCACCAUCACAAAUCCCGCAAGGACCGGAGGAAACACCAGAAGCAGCGUCCAAAGCUGGACUGGGCGGAGGACGGCAGCAACUACUUUUAACCACUGA